AUGACAUUGAAAGUCGAAAUAACAGAGUCAUCCACUGAUGUCGAGCAAGGUAGCAUAAAUUCACGUAUCCAGAUUAUUCAUAAAAGGUUACUCUCAAAAUUUCUACUUGACAAACGAAUUCCAGAUAUUCCAACUGAUGCCGAAAGAAAGGAUCUACCCUAUGGUACGACAAAUAUUUUUUCUGAAGCGUUUUUCAGCUGGUGUAGUCCAAUCCUGAAAGUUGGGUAUCGGAGGGUCUUAGUACCCGAGGAUAUAUUCAAAAUUUCCCCAGGUUCCCGUUAUGAUGUUGGUGAGUUGACCGCAAAAUUUGAAGUUGCACUUAAACAACGAAUAGCCAAAAGCCAGAAACAAACCGGCGAGAUUCAGAGAUCUCUGAAAUCUAAGAAAUCUAAGAAAGUGAGAAAUGAGCGUCCUUUAUCUCGUUUCAUUAUUGCACUUGCUUUGUUUGACGUUUUCAGGAAACAGAUCUUAUAUUGCGUCUUGAUCAGAACUUGUGGAGAUGUCUCUGCCGGAAUGAAUGCUCUGCAGGUGCGAAAGAUUGUUGAGAUGGUGUCAAAAUCGUCAGAUACAAGUCCGCAACCUUCUGGUUACGGCUUUGCCGUCGGAAUUGCAUGCCUUGUUUUACUUCAAGGCCUGGCCUAUUCACACUAUAUGAUAGCCGCGCAAUUCUGUGGUGCCCAGAUAAGAAGCGUUUUGAGUCACUCAAUUCUUCAAAAGUCCAUGCUCAUUGAUAGGGAAGGGAAAGCUCUUUAUCCUUCUUCGAAAAUUAUUUCGAUUUUUUCAAACGAUAUCUCGAAAGUAGAGCUAUGCAUUUGGUACUUUGGGUUCAUUUUAAGUCUUCCAAUAGGCCUAACAAUUACAAUAAUUCUUCUUGUCAUCAAUCUGGGAGCAGCAUCCUUGGCGGGAAUUGCAUACUUCUUACUCAUUACAAUUGUUUCGAGUAUCCUGAUCAGACACUUUAUGAAACUAAGAGUGGCUUCAAAUAGAGGAACUGACCAACGAAUCAAAUGCCUCAAAGACGUUCUCUCCAGCAUGAAGAUAAUAAAGUUCUACUUUUGGGAGAUCCCAUAUUUGAAGCUGUUAACAAACUACCGGGCAAUAGAAAUGGCAAACAUUCUUAAAUUACAAGUUAUCAGAAACUUAAUAACUGCUACCGUUGUUACACUACCGAAUGUCUCCUCCAUGGUCAGCUUUCUUGUUGUAUUUGCAACAAACAAUGGAAAACUCACAUCUGCCUCUAACGUGUUUUCGUCUGUUUCGCUGUUCAACAUCAUGAUUGGCUACGUCUCCCAGUUUCCGACCGCCCUUAACACAUUGAGUGACGCAUACAUUGCGAUUGGAAGACUACAGGCUUUCUUGCUGCACCCAAAUGAGGUUGCAGAUCCACUGCGUAUAGUUAGCGGAAAGGAAUGCUCAAAAUGGGCACUCAGUAUCAAGCAAGGACGGUUCAGCUGGGCUCCAUCAUCUGAGAUCUUAUCAUCCACAACAGAUACCAGUUUGAUGAUUCCUGGGAGAAAGUAUUUCUCAACAUGUGAAGAUAGCACACAUAUUACUACGACGGUCGACUCUUUUCAAGGUCUGAAAGAUGUUAACCUUUCCAUUCGUCACGGAGAGCUAAUCAUCGUAACUGGGCCAAUCGGCUCAGGAAAAAGCUCUCUUAUAGCGGCCAUGAGUGGUCUCAUGCCUCAUAUUGAUGGAUCUGUAUCUGUUUCAGGUUUAGUGACAUUUUGCGGCACACCAUGGAUGCAAAACGCAUCUGUCAAGGAUAAUAUCAUUUUUGGAGAAGUGCCCAAUCCUACAAAAUAUCAGCAGGUGGUCGAAGCCUGUUCUUUGGCUACUGAUUUUUCCGUAUUACCAGCUGGUGAUGAAACGGAAACUGGCGAACGUGGAGUGAACCUCUCGGGAGGCCAGAAAGCGAGAAUACAUCUUGCAAGAGCUGUUUACUACGUUUAUGGGAAACAAGACAGAAACAUCAUACUUCUAGAUGACAUUUUGAGUGCCGUUGAUGCAAAAGUAGGUGAACAUAUCAUGAGUGAAUGCAUCGGUGGAAUUCUUCGAGACAAGACACGAAUUCUUGCCACUCACCAACUUUCCCUCAUUGAUUUGGCUGACCGACUGGUAUUCAUUAACUCCAAUGGAAGCAUUGACCUUGCUACCAAAGAAGAGCUAAGAAAUACCAAUCCUGAAUUUGCUUCUUUACUGGAAUAUCAAUCUUCCAAGUCGCGUGAAAAUGAAGAGGACCAAACCUCUGAAGCUGAAAUAUCCUCUAAUUUUGAGAAGGCCAUAUCUCUCAAUUCGGAAUCAUCAGACUCCCAUAUAAAGGAGAAAAGCUUGAAAAUCAAUCCAUCUAAGAAAGAUGGAAAGUUGAUAUUAGAGGAGAGUCGGCAAAUAAACAGCAUUCGUCUAUCAACAAUCAUUCAGUAUCUAAGAGAAGGGUGUCGACCCUGGGGUAUGGUGGUGAUUUUGCCAUGCUUUCUAGUCUCUAUUAUUUGCACUACGGUGUGCAUGCUAUUACAGAAUGUAUGGUUAAAAUUCUGGGCUUCAGAUCAUUUUCAAGGUCGCUCAGGCUCAUUUUACAUUGGGAUUUACGUUCUGGUCACUGUUCUCUACGUUACUUGCGCGGAAUGGCAGUUUUCGACGGUGGCUUACAUCUGUAAUAACUCCUCAAAGAACCUCAAAAUUAAAGCCAUGCGUCGUUUGAUGCAUGCAACAAUGUCCUUCUUUGAUACAACACCAAUGGGAAGGAUUCUCAAUAGAUUCAGUAAGGAUGCAGACACUCUCGACAACGCAAUAGUGGAACAGGCUCGUCUUUUCUGUUUUGGAAUUUCCAAUAUGUGUGGAAUUCUGGUGAUCUCAUGUGUUUAUCUUCCGUGGUUUGCAAUAGCAGUUCCGCUCGUUCUUUUUAUUUCAUACUGUUUCUAUUCUUACUACCAAGCUUCUGGUCAAGAACUCAAUCGUAUUGAAGCAACACAGAGGUCUUUGACAUAUUCUUGCCUUGAAGAAAUUUUGAGCGGACUAGACAUCAUCAAAUAUCACAACGCGGCUACCAAGUUCACUCAAAAAUUCCUUGAGUACAUAUAUCUGCAAAAUGAGGCUUACUUUUCACUUCUUGGUGCGCAAAGGUGGCUAGUUGUUCGACUUGUUGUGUGUUCAGCAUUACUCAACUUGAUCAUUGAAGCACUUUGCGUGAGCAAGGUGGUGAAUGUCAAUGAUGGUGACACCGGAUUACUUGUGUCAUAUAUGGUUUCCUUUUCCACCCAGCUAAUUUCAAUUUCUCGGUCAAUGGGUCAAUUGGAGCAAUUUUUGUCCUCUGUGGAAAGAGUGGUGGAAUAUGCUGAUAGUCUACCUCAAGAGGCUAGCUACUACUCCCAGCCUGAAUGUCAACCAUCCAAAACCUGGCCUGAAAAAGGAGAAAUAGUGUUCAAAAAUGUGAACAUGAGCUACAGGCCCGGCUUACCUCUUGCUCUUCGUAAUCUUGAUGUUCAUAUUAGAGGAGGAGAAAAGGUCGGAAUUUGCGGUCGAACAGGAUCAGGCAAGUCGACUAUAAUGACUGCACUUUAUCGUCUAUGCGGUCCAGGAGAGGGAAAUAUAAUUAUUGAUGGAGUUGAUAUCCUCACUAUUGGUCUUUAUGACUUACGGUCUAAGCUCACAAUUAUUCCCCAGGAUUCUGUUUUGUUUAAGGGUAUGCUGCGACAAAACCUUGAUCCAUUUGAUGAUCUGGAAGAUGACUCAUUGUACAGCUAUCUGAUUGAAGCAGGCUGUAUUGAUCAAAGCGAGCUACCAGGCAUCAAAGAACAAGACCCUACAAGAGGGAAACGGUUGCAUCCAUUCCAGUUGGACGUUGCAGUCGAUGAGGGUGGUUCCAACUAUUCUCUUGGGCAGAAGCAGGUUCUUUCACUCUGUCGAGCUUUGAUCAGAAAAUCCAAAAUACUUAUUCUCGAUGAAGCUACGUCAAGUGUGGACUAUAAAACAGAUGCACGCAUUCAAAACAUCGUGAGAUCGAAAUUUGCAGAUUGUACCGUUCUCACUAUUGCUCAUAGACUAAAAACCAUUCUAGACUAUGAUAAAGUUCUGGUCAUGGAUGAAGGGCGCUGUCUGGAGUUUGACACUCCAUGGAACCUUUUCAACUCAGAGCAUAGUACGUUCCGUGCAAUGUGCAUGAUGUCGGGUAUUCAGGAAACUGAUUUCGCAAAAUAG